GUUGACUAUAUUUCUGUAGUCUGUGGUUUAUGCUGUUUAUUAGCUAUGCUUGUAAGACGUCUGUCGCUGGUUAUAUUUCUGGUUUAUAUUAUUCUCACGUGCUAUUUUGCGUACUUGCUAAUUUAUAAAAAUUUAAAGAAACCUGCCAAUGAUUACACCAAAUUCUGGGAGAUCGAAGAUCCGGCAGAUGAGGGCUGGAAUCCGUGGGGUCAGGAGUUUGAGAGGGAAGAGGACAGAAAAGUGAUAAAGCUCGCAACUAAACCCAGGCUGAACUGGGCCGCCAACAGGAGUUUGGACCAGUAUGAGAAAAAGAAAGCCAACUUAAAUGCACCAGGAGAGUAUAGAGUUGAGAUUUGGGGAAAGGCUGCCAUCGGCCUAUACCUGUGGGAACACAUCUUUCAAGGAAAGCUUGAAUCGAAAAUGGAAGGAACGUGGAGCUCAGGAUUUCGCAAAGUUGGGAAUAUAAAGUUUGUGUUCCGCACCGGACCCGGAGUGAUCCCGAGCAAGGUCCCGCCGAACACGGAGCACGUCGUGCUCAUCCUGAACACGCGCGACGAGGGGAAGGUCGAGUUUGCACGCAUCUGGCUCGACUUCCUGCCGAAGCUACGGCGUCUGCGGCUCGCCAUCGUCAUCCUGCUCGGCGACGAGCGUUGCCGUAACGACUGGCUGCUGCCGUACAUGGCGAUGCGCGGUGGCCUCAUCAACUACACAUACGUUGUCUACGACAGUCCGCUUGUCGACGACAAGAACUUCUUCCAGUGGCCUCUCGGGGUCGCCACGUGGCUGCCGGACGAGACGGAGCAGUCGCGCGUCGCCUACAUCAGCGCCCUCUCGCAGAGCGACCUCACGCUCAGCCCCGUCGGGCUCAACUCCGAGUCGUAUCGCAUCUACGAGGCGAUGUCGUACGGCUCCGUGCCCGUGCUCGAGGACGUGAUGACGGCCGGCUCGUGCGGCGCGCACCCCAACGCGAGCGUCGCCGCCGCCGCGCCGCCCUACCGCCUGCUCAAGGAGAUGCGCGCGCCCGUCAUGUUCGUGCGCGACUGGACGGAGCUGCCCGCGAUUCUCGACCGGGAGAGGGCGCUGUCGCUCGAGCAGGUGAUCGAGCGGCGGAAGAGGCUCGUCGAGUGGUACGAGCACUCGAAGCUGAAGCUGCGGGAACACUUCCUGACGACGUUACAGCGCGCCCUCGUCGCGUCACCGACGAAAAGGUGACGACACCGCCUGUUGUAGCGAGUGAUGUGGCGACGUGCACUGUUAGCCAAGAUGUGACAGCAUAGUAGCAGAUCUAGAGGGGAGGGGGGCUGUCAGCCUGUCAACCCCCACCUCUCCUGAAAGCUAGAUCCGCCCCUGCAGCGCUAUCUAUAGUGACGAUGCUAUGCGGUACCCUGGUGGCGUUCUCGAAGAUGUCCUUGUGACACCUGGUGUGGAUACGUGUAUAUACCUCGCAGGUGUGACUGAACUGGCUGUGGUGAUGCAGUGCAACACUUACAUGAGAAAAAUGUGGUGGCACCAGCUAGUGCGAUGAUAUCAUGUAUGAUAAUCUACAAAAUACACAAUAUACUUGCCUACAGUACUGCAACACAGUUGUAUAAUGACGUGCGAUAAAAUCGUUACCAUAGCGAUACCGUAUAAGGGUUACCGUAACAGUUUCCUUUAUUGUGAUUGCGCAGCAUUGGCUAGUCAGUAGUCAGUAGAGACAUGACUGCAUAAAUUAAGAUGGUGAAUCAUUGGUGAUCUACAGGAUAUAUUCUAGCCCACCCACGUGAUGACACCACAUACUGUAGGGUUAUUUCCGCCUGGAAGUGUGUGUGACCUGAAAUCUUAACAGGUCUGUUGUAUGUCUCCACAAUGUUGACCAUACAUUUACACACAGACUCCUUACAUCUUGGUUUCUAUAUGGCUUGUAUUUAUAUAGUCAAAGGUUAAGCAUAGGGCACUGUGCAUUAGGUAACUAUGUACUAGUAAAGGCAGCUGGCACCAUCCAGUCAUAACUACAAGUAUUAAAAACAUUUAGUUCAGCAAUUCAAUUUCAUGUGAUCAUACUACACGUUCAAGAGUACAGAAAAUAUGUGUAGAAAUCUAUCAUGUUGUGUUUGUAUCAGGAGUAUGAUACCGUAAACAUGUAUAUUCUCAAACUGUCGUUAGUAUUUAUAGAUUAUAAUUGGAUCUUAGUAGUACGUUACUCGUACGGCACCAUAUUGUGAAGAGGCCGCUGUGACUGUUAUCAGGAGUUGAAAAUCUCAAAAAUGUCUAUCGUUAGUCUCAAGUUGCCAAUAGUGAAUGGAGCCAUAGGUAUGAAUGUUAUUGUUGUUACAAGAGACGUGGCUAUGAUCGAGGUGAUAUUCCAGAAUAGUAGAAUAACCUUAAAAACUUGCACAUAAUGUCCCAUGUUCUUUCCACGCCAAUUUCCUCUUCACACUGUUGUGACAUCGUUACUAAAGAAAACUGAAAUUGCCGCUUUCUAUACUAGAGGUCCAAUUAUGUGCAGUUUUCACUUAAAUGUUUUCGAAUGCUUGGUUGUGGUCGUUUAUAAUUGAUACUGAUUUAUUCUAAAUGCAUUGCCAAUCAUUAGGGUUGUGAUUUUUUUAAUUAACCUCUUGAUUUUGGACAAAUAUUAUAGUGCAUCAUAAACUGUUGUGAAUAUGAAUUGAAUAAUGUAUAUAUGUAAAUUUUUACAUUUACCAAUAAAAUUUAGUAGUAUU